UGCUGUAUCCAAAUUUGGUAAUUCUAGCUUUCUUGGUUUGUGAGAUCGAGAGGCUCAAACAGAUGGACAGACAGACAGCCAGACGGAUAGUAACUUAUCAUACCCUAUAACACUAGAAGUACCGGAGUAGAAGAAGUGUAGAGCAGAGAAGUAUUACGGGUGAAGUUAAAAGGUUGCUCCUUGGCUGCUUCGAUGUCGAAGGGGAAAAAGAGGGGGCAGAGGGCAGAGAGGUCAUCGAUAGUUGUGCUUGACUGAAUGCGCAAGGGUAAUGAGAGAGAGAAAGAAAUAGAGAGGGAGAGAGAGAGAGAGAGAGAGAGAGGACCACUCAGCUAUGAGCCUAUGAGCAACGACGUCGACUGCGACGCUGGCAGAGCGACAGCAAAGGAAAAAGUUUGGACUUCAGGUUCGGUCGCAUUCCGCGGCCAAACGCAGCGCGAGACGGAAUCCAACGCGGACUCAACAAUCGACUCGACUCGACUCGAUUCGCCUCGACCUCGUUUUCGUCCUCGACUUCGUCUUCGUCUUUGUCUUUGUGUUUGUCCUGUGAGUCGUCCUCGUGCUUGCGUGCUUCCUUUUUUUUGUUUGUUCUGUGUGCGCGACUCUCACACGUGUGUGAGCGAAAAGUCGGUGAAAAAACUGCGUGGAAAUCAAUCAGACAAAAUGAUUGUCAAUCUGGCGGUGAAUGGCGCCAGCAACAGUGCCCACGUCCAUGCCCAAGCCUCACACUCCCACUCCCACUCCCAUUCGCAUCCUCAAGCACAUCCUCAUGCUCAUCCGCAUCCUCAUCCGCAUUCGCAACCGCAACAAGACAACGACUUCAACUUUCUGAAGCGCAAAUACGAGACGCAACUCGAACCUCAACAGCAACCGCAGCAGACGAUGACUUUGGGUCACGAUUACGAUCAGCUGAGUGCGAAUCCCUGGAAGAAGCGUCACCUCGACUACGAGAACUCCGCCGGGGACAUGUGCUUCCAGCUCCAGCUGCAGGACACCAACAACAGCAACAGCAACAAUAAUAACAAUAACAACAACAGUUCCAGCUCAGCAGUUGCCUCGGUCAGCGUCACCUCAGCGGCCUUCAUCAACGAUCUGUUCGCCUACGACAGCAGUCUCCUCGUCCCCGGCGCCGUCUCCUACUGCACUCCGCCCUCAGGAGCUCCCCUCGAGGCUGAAGCAGAUGCCGGCGGCUGGCAGACGGGAGAGCUGCUUGAGCUCGAUCAUCGCUACAAUUCGGGACUGCAAACGGAAAUCUCUCAGCUGAAUGCAACGCUUCCGCCUCCUCCGCCGCCGCCUCCGCCUUCGGCGCCAGCUUCGACUGCGACGCCACCGUCAAGCGGAGUUCAGGAGCAGAGCUUCCUGGUUCCUCAGAAGUCCCAAGCGCAGCCAGCAACUCAGGCGCCAAGUCGACAGACGACGGGCAGUCGACGCAACUCCAAUCAGCCAUCGAACGAAUCGGAACCGGAUUUCGAGGACAAGAAUCUCUCGUGGCUGUUGAACUUCAAGUUCGAUGAGUUCCCGCAUCUGUCGCCCGACGUUGGAGGCGGUCAGCGAUUGGGCAACGCUGCCAAUACAGUCAGCGUGGAGCCAGCCACGCCCACCACAGCCGCCCACAUGGCCAACAGUUCGCCCUGCAGCUCCGCCUCGCCAGCAUCCGCAUCAGCAUCAGCUUCGACAUCCACAUCGACAUCGACAUCGAAUUCCAGCGCAAGCUCAACGCUGCUGCUCGUCGAUCAGCGCGGAUCUCCCAAAAGUUGCUCCAGCAGCGCAUCCACAGCGACCUCAACGGGAGCGGGAGCGGGAGGGGGCAUCGGAGGGGGAGGUGCAAUAUCCAAUUCACCCACUAAGACGGGACGCAAGUUCGAGGAGCUCGUCAUGGAAGUCACCUCGGAGAUGGACGCCAACGACAUGAUCGUCGCUGAGCACGUCGUCGUCGAGGACACCAGCUCCAAGGCGCCAAAGAAACCACCGUUCACAUACACGGAACUCAUCGAAUACGCCCUCGAGGACAAGGGUGAGCUGACGGUGUCGGGCAUAUACCAAUGGAUAUCAGAUCGCUUUCCGUACUACAAGUCAAACGAUGAUCGCUGGAAGAAUUCGGUGCGGCACAAUCUCUCAAUUAAUCCGCACUUUCGCAAAGGAGUGAAAGCCCCCCAAGGAGCUGGCCAUCUGUGGGCAAUCUCCAGCGGCGAUUCAGCGGAGAAUGUGCUGGCCUGGGAGCAUAAAAAGCAGCGAUUGGAUUUGUUCUUCAAGAUGGAAUCGAUCAACAGAGAACGCAUUCAACAGCAUCAGCAACAAAUGCAGCAACAACAGCAGCAGCAACAACAACAGCAGCAGCAGCAACAUCACCAGCAACAGAUGCAGCAGCAACACUGCAAUUCACCUCAGCAACAGCAACAACAAGCGAAUUGCAUCUACGAUGAGGCAGCUGCAGCUGCCGCAGCGCUGACGCAAGAGAUGUUGCAACAAGCGAGCGAAACAUCGCCCGCCUCAGCGAGUCACAAUCAUUCGCAUCACAAUCAUCAUCACAACAACAACAACCAUCUUCAUCAUCAGCAACAGCAGCAGCAACAGCAACAACAGCAGCAGCAGCAACAACAUCAGCGACUUUUACCCUUCAGCGAUCUGCUGAGCGAUGAAGAGCUGCGCAAGACGGCGGGACAGAUCCUCAAUGGCAUCCAUCGGGAGGUCGAGGUGCAGUCGGUCAACUCCAUCAUCAGCACCUACCAGGACGUGCUCCUCGACAAUGAAGACUAUCUCAAUCCCAUCCACAAGGACGUCGUGGUCACCGAGAGCGGACUCCGGCAGCAUCAGCAGCAACAUCAUCAUCAUCAUCAACAGCAGCAUCAGCAGCACCAACAGCAGCAGCAGCAGCCACACAGCGGGAGCAGCCAUCUGGGUGGCAGCCACUCGCAGUACUACAUCACGGAGAUCGAUCCCAUGGAGCUGGGCAUACAGAUGUCGCAUCAGGUGGAGCCCUCGGAGGAGGAAGUGCUCUUCAGCGACGACUUCAAUCUCAACUAUUUUGGCUACAAUCCCGGCAACGACAUCGUCGCUUGACCGCGCACCAAACAUCCGCAGCCGCCUCCCGCCCAGCAGCAACAGGAAUCCCCAUCCCCAUCCCAAUCGAAUCGGAAGCUCGUCGAGGAGGGGGAAGAGGAGACGGUUGCGCAGUUGCAGCAGAGCAAUCAGAGUACUCAUAAGCCAAUUCUAAAUCAAUACUAGUCACACUCGUAAGCCCCGACUUUUGACUACCACCUCUCUCAAGAGAACCCUCAUCCCCCUUCAUCAUCCUUUGUAUAGUCUAGUCUUCAAAGUACCAACCAAGAAUAUGCUCAUCAUUUUUUUUUUGUCAACUUAUAUUUAAUGCUAAUUAAUCGGUGGAUAGCCUGUAAGUAAGUAGCUUCUACCUUUUAGAUUAAGUCGCACCCCUCGAAUAGAAUUACGUCCGAUCUCCCGGAGUUUUUACUAGUAGCACUUACAAGAAUUAUAACUACUACUACUCUUAAUACUCCAUAAAUAUCAAUCCUCUAUAUAGUCGAAAGUAUGCUAAUCUUAGUCCUAUAUAUAUAUAUAUACAAUACUGUUUAAUCGUGUAGCAUAACGGCACUCACUCGUACAACUACUGAUACUUUGUGAACUUACUAUAUGAUGAUGUGUCUCAACAAUAUUUUUUUUUUCUAACUUUAAAUUGUUCAUCUUUGGGAUGCCAAAGACUUCGAUAUUACGAAAUAAUCUGCAUACACUAAAAACAAAAACUUGUCAAAUACCGAAUAGUAGAGCGCAAACCAAAGCGCAGCUCAAUAAAUUCCCGUUUAGUCAACUUUUUAAAUAAACAAACUUCCUCUGAUAAUCACACGAGAUUUAAUCGGAAUACCUCCAAGAAUAAUACACUUUUUACUUUUUUGCAGUUUUCUUAUUUUUUUUUAUUGUUACUAGAGUAAAACAAUUCACUUUUUUCUUUUGCAAUUUUCUUUAUAUUUUUUUUUGCUUAAAAAGUUUUUGUUUUAUAUAUAUUUUUUUUGUUGAUGUGUUUUUGUUUUUAAGUUCUACCGUUUGUCGGGAAUAUGUUUUAGGUUUUACGCUUUAAUAUUAAUAUUAUAGAUUAAAUAUUUACUGAAAAAAACCUUGGCUCCUUCCAUAAAGGAGAUGUAGUAUAUAAAAUCUGGUAACAUGUUGGUGUGUGGAUACUUCACUAGCUCACUGUAUGUCUUACACGUCGACAAAAAAAAAACGGGG